AUGACUAUCAAGAAAGAAGAUGAAGGAGAAUCAGGCAUUCAAGAAACAAUAGAAGGUGGUUCAUCUCCUCAGGCAAGAGUCAUUCUCGACCUUCCUAUCAGUAUUUGGGUAGAAAUAUUUCGAAGACUCCCAAUAAAGACUGUUCUGUGGUGUAGCUGCGUCUGUAAAACAUUUUCCAAAGUACUUGAAGUGGGUGAAUAUCGAUGCGAAUCAAGAUUCACAGUGAAGCCUGUCCGGGCAAGGGCUCCACCAAAUGAAGGAAAGCUUUAUAUAUUAGUAUCUAGCAAAGGCUUACUUUGUUUAGCAGAGACAUAUCCAGCGCAUAUGAUGCCGAGGUUCAUCUACAUAUGCAAUCCUAUUUUGGGAGAAUAUUCAGAACUUCCCCUUGGCAAAAUUAAAGAUAUUCUGGUGUCGUAUGGUUUUGGGUUCUAUCCCUCAUCUGAUGAUUACAAGGUAGGUUGUAAGAGUUUUGGCAGAAGAAAUCCAGUUAACGAUAUUUCAGAAGUUAAAACAUAUGCUGAGGUCUUUACUGUAGGACUUGAUGCUAAAUGGAGCAAUGUCCUUAUAUGCAAUCCUAUUCUAGGAGAACGCCAGAUUCUGCCGGAAGGAAGGAGUGUGGAUGAUGAUAUGAUUACAGGUGGUUUUGGCGUUGAUCCGUCCACUAAUCUUUACAAGGUCUUACUUGUCCAUUCAGAUAUUGGAGGUAAACGUUAUAGUGAGAUUUUUACAGUUGGAGUUGAUGUCAAUUGGAGAAUCUUAGAGAUGGUAAAUUGCCCUUAUGUUUUGGAUCCUCAAGGCCUGCUUUUUCGAGGAGCCAUGCACUGGAUGGCUCGGGAGCGUACUUCUAACACGAGGAUAGCUGUGUUCAUAUAUGCAUUUGAUAUUGGUGAAGAAAGAUUUAGGUCAAUAAUGGCACCACCCCUUGACAGGGAAACCAAUAAGGACGAGCCUAAGCAUGUACCUGUUCUUGGUGCUGUAUUUCCAAGCAUGUCACAAGAAACAAGAGCGAAUCCCUUCAACACAUCAGGCGCAGUUCCAUCUAUCACUAUUGCAGAUUCUUUACGAAACUAG